CUUUGGUCUGGUUUAGAUUCCAGUCGAGUUUACAAGGAGAUAAAUAUCUGAGGACACACUUUACUGAACCCGGGUCGAACAGACGGACCACCUAAAGUCCUUUUUAUUUUAUUUAAUUAAUACAUUCAACAACUAACAACCUCCAGCGGCAGACAUUUUGGAUCAGACCGUCAGCUGCUGUGACUGUGGAUCAUCAGCUGGGACGGGAAUGGCUCGGCCGAGGAAGAAAACCUCUCCGGGGUGUUUAGCAUGAGGCUCUGCGGAGGGAAACGGCUGGACGACAACACUGAAAACUACAUUAAUAACAACAACAACAACAACAACAACAACAACAACAACAAGGAGAAGAAGAAACAGAGGAGCAGAAGGGGGAGUACAGUGGUGUGUGUGAGAGCUGCCCGGUGACAUUUAAAUUCCACCAGAAGAAGAAGAAGAAGAAGAAGAAGAAGAAAACGAUGGGAGGAAGAGUGGAGCUGCUGCUGGAGAUCUGCUGCCUGCUGCUGCUGAGCGGAAACUCACACUGCAGAGACUCCCAGCAGACAGAACACCUCUCCUCCUAUCAGCUGACCGUCCCUCGACCAAUCGGAGGCAGGCUGAGGCGGGACGUGGACGGACGACUCCCCAAUCAGGUCUCGUACGUCAUCAGUGUGGACGGGAGUGAUCACGUCGUUCGUCUGGAGAGAAACGACCUGCUGCUCCCUGCAGACUUCACUGUGUACACCUACAGCAAGAACGGAUCAGUGAUCACAUCCAGACCACCUGUACAGAAUCACUGUCACUAUCAGGGCUUCGUUCAGGACAUGGAGGGUUCCUCUGUCGCUAUGAGCGUCUGCAACGGCCUCAGAGGAGUGUUGCACCUCGCUGACGACAGUUACGGUAUCGAGCCGUUAGACUCCGCCCCCGAGCAGCACCUGGUGUACCGCCUGCAGGAUGUGACAUCACAACCCCGUGGAUGUGGAACGCCACAUGAGGAUGAGCACGGACACAACAACAGCACCGAGCACGCUCAGUACAAACAAGAGGAAAUCCACCACAGACAGCACAGCAGGAUGAAGCGAGCUAUUCUUCAUCAGACUCAUUAUGUGGAGCUGCUGCUGGUGGUCGACAAUGACAGGUAUAAUUAUAUGAACAGAAACGAGACCGCAGUGAGGGACGAGAUGGUUCAUCUGGCAAACUUUAUCGACAGCAUCUACAUUCAGCUGAACGUUCGCGUGGUCCUGGUCGGUCUGGAGAUCUGGACUCAGCAGAACCUGAUCAGCACCGACGGAGGAGCCGGAGAAGUGCUGAGUCGCUUCACCCAGUGGCGAGAGAAAGAGCUGGUCAGCCGUCGCCGCCACGACUCGGCACAGCUCAUCCUGAAGAAGGCUUUUGGAGGAACAGCAGGGAUGGCCUUCGUCUCCACAGUCUGCUCCAGGAGCCACGGGGGCGGGAUCAAUGCGUUCACCAACAACAACAUCCCCUCGUUCGCCUCCAUCGUGGCUCAUGAGCUCGGUCACAACCUCGGCAUGAACCACGACGACGGGCGCUCCUGCACAUGCCCAGUCCCCGCCUGCAUCAUGAACUCUGGAGCCACAGGAUCCAGGAACUUCAGCAGCUGUAGUGCAGACGACUUUGAGAAGAUGAUUUUGUUGACGGGGGGAACGUGUCUCCUGAACGUCCCUCGCCCCGACGAGGCCUACAGCGCCCCCUACUGUGGAAACAGACUGGUGGACAUGGGGGAGGAGUGCGACUGUGGAUCACAGAAGGAGUGUGAGGAGGACCCCUGCUGUGAGUAUAAGACCUGUAAGCUGAAGCCUGGAGCUCAGUGUGCUUACGGAGAGUGCUGCUCCAAGUGUCAGUACCUGCCAGGUGGAACAGUGUGUCGGUCAAGUACAGACGAGUGUGAUCUCCCUGAGUACUGUAACGGCUCCUCGUCCCUCUGUCAGAGUGACGUCUUCAUACAGAACGGGCAGCUGUGUAAGAACCAGCAGGCUUACUGUUACAACGGGAAGUGUCGGCACUAUGACGGACAGUGUCAGGCCAUAUUCGGCUCCAAGGCGAAGGCGGCUCCUGAAAUCUGUUUUAAAGACGUCAACAGUAAAGGAGAUCGCUUCGGCAACUGUGGCUACCACAACUACGGCUACAAGAAGUGUGAGAGCAGAAACGCUCAGUGCGGGAAGCUGCAGUGCUCUAAUGUUCAGGCGGUGACCGUGUUCGGCAUCGAACCGUCGAUCAUCAGCACGCCGAUCGCCGGAGGCAAAUGUUACGGAGUGGACUUCAUGCUGGGAUCAGACGUCCCCGAUCCGGGCAUGGUGAACGAGGGCACCAAGUGUGGAGACAACAAGGUCUGUAUGAACUUUGAGUGUCGCAGCGCCGACAUCCUGAACUACGACUGUGACGUAGAGAAGAAAUGUAACGGACACGGGAGGUGUAACAGCAAUAAGAACUGUCACUGUGACGACGGCUGGGAAGCUCCUUUCUGUGAGCUCAAAGGUUAUGGUGGCAGCGUGGACAGCGGACCCACCUGGAACGAUAAGGACACGUCUCUCAGGGACGGUCUGUUGGUCUUCUUCUUCUUCAUUCUUCCUCUGCUCGCUCUGGGCGCGUUUGUUUUCCUGCGCAGGAAAGAGCUGCUGCGGCGAUUCGGAGUGAGCCGAAGGAAGAGAUCACAAGGAUACCAGGCUGACGGUGCCGCUUCGGCCAAUCCCAGCAGAGGACCGCCUCCAAGAGCGCAGCCUCCAUCUGUUCCCCGGGGCAACGGAAACGACUAUGUCAGAGACGGGAACCACACUCAGCUCCUGCCACCACAGGAGGUGGUGGAGACCAGCAGGACCGCUCCGUCCUACUCUUUGAGGCCUCCUCCUCCUCCAGUAAAACCGAAACCUUCUGCUGCAGCCCAGCCUCUGGUGCCUCAAAGACCCGCCCCUGCUCCACCUGUUUAACCGAUGUGAGGGCCCCGCCCACCCACCACACCUGGGUGACAUCCCCCCUCCCCCCCUCCUCUUCCUCCUAUUCUUCUCUUUUUACUCCACCUCAGUACCUACUCACUCAGUGCUGGUUAUCUAGAAUGAGCCAGGACAUAAUUCCUGGAGCCAAGACUGCCGGUCUAAGAUCCGGACAACGCCACUGGACUGGGAAAUCUACCCAAACAAACAGGAACACUGCGGCACUGAACUGAAGCAGCAACUGUUCUCUGCAGUCUGUCCUUUUUUUCUUUCUUUAUUUGAAGUGCAAAUCUCUGCGUCUACAGGUGACACAGUGACUAUCUGUCACCAAACCAGCCAAUCAUAUUUACAGAAGACAUAUUUACAGUGACGCCCAAACGCAAAGAAUGAAUCAGCCUCAGACAUGUUUUUAUCUCUGCUCUGAAAAGAUGUUUAAUUUCACUCCCCCGUCCUCUUAAUCAAAAUACGACCAAGCCAUUUAUCUCACUGGCUCACCUGUGGGGGCAAACAGGAGUUAAAGGUGCACAGCCAUAACUAACGCUGGUUAGCUGCAACUUUCCCAAAAUAACAUUUUACUGUAAAUGAUCCACUAUUGCUAGUUUGCUAACCAAUAAGAUUUUGUCAAUGGAAACGUAAACAUGUCUCAAGGUAGCCAAAUGCCUGGUCAUCUAAUUAGUGACGCGCAUGAAUGGAUGAACGAGAUUCCCACUGUCCCUACCUACAGCCACAGCCAAGAGAAGAGCCCUGAGGUGGCUCUCGCUUCUGUUGUAAUGCGCUCGGCCCAGCCCGGGCGUGACCCGCUCCGGGGACAGUGGCAGGUGGGGAGUUUGACUGGGGCGGUACACCCGUCAAAGGGUAACGCAGGUGUCCCAAGGCGAGCUCAGGGAGGACAGAAACCUCCCAUGGAGCAGAAGGGCAAAAGCUCGCUUGAUCUUGAUUUUCAGUAUGAAUACAGACCGUGAAAGCGAGGCCUCGCGAUCCUUCUGACUUUUUGGGUUUUAAGCAGGAGGUGUCAGAAAAAGUUACCACAGGGAUAACUGGCUGUGGCGUUCAUAGUGACGUCACUUUUGAUCCUUCGAUGUCGGCUCUUCCUGUCAUUGUGAACCAGAAUUCACCAAGCGUUGGAUCGUUCACCCACUGAUAGGGAACGUGAGCUGGGCUAAAAUCCAGCUGAAAGGAGUAAGGAGCUUCACUCUGAUUGGCUGGUUUUAGGACAGAGGUCACUGGAGGCGGGGCUUACACACCUGUUUCUUACUUUCUUUCUUUCUGUCUCUGAAUGAAAGCACUGGUGCCGUCUGAUUGCACUUUCUUCUGCUCAGCACUGUCAUAGGAAUGUAACGCACCCCGGCUGCUGUGUGCGGUGCGCUUGAUCUCCAUCACCUUGUUCGCCCCGGCACUCUCUCUCUCUCUCUCUCUCUCUCUUUUUCUGCAGAAUUGUAAAAACACAGUAUGCAACAACGUGUGAGUGCAGAACUCUCUCUCCUCUGGAUCUGGAUCUGUGGUACUUUGAUGCUUUUGGCUCUGCUGGCUGAUGUCUCUGCAGGGAAUGAACGCGCUCAUCUCUUAUUUUUUUACCACAAAGAAACUCUCCCCUGAGAGACUUCAACACUGUUAAACCUUAAUGAUGUAUCACCGGCCCACAGCUUCAUUAGAAGGUUGGUAAGAGGCCUUAUGGGAAAUAUAGGAAAUCAACUCAAGUAGGUCUGAGUUGCUGUUUUGCAGGUUUUGGUCGGCCUCUUUGCCACCAGGCUGUACGGAAAUCUCCUGGGUACUUAUGGGAGGUUGGGCGUUAAAUGAUGUUUAAACUGCUGCUGUUACAGUGUUGAAGUGACUAAAGGUGGAAAUGAUCCGUUCAACUCUCAGCUACAUGGAACAUCUGCUCUAAAGUCCUGAAAGCGUCCAGACUCUCUGCACACCAACGUGACCUGAAUGUGAGAAACUGAACAAACUUCUCUAAACAUGCACGAACAUAGGAUAGUACUUUAUUGAUCCCCAGAGGGGAAAUUCGGGCGUUGCAGCAGCACAGACAAGUAAGGUGACAUUCAGGACGUUAAACUUCUCUCUUUGCUUGGCAACCAGCAUCAAAGUCACUCGACACCAGGAGUGAUCCAGGGAUUUUUACUCACCAAGAAAACCAAAUGUUUCUGUUGGACUGGCUUCUUCUGCUGUUCACGGACUGUUAGCAUUGCUAGCAUUUUUAGCCAGUGAACAGCACCCUGCAGUUAUUGAACCUGGAUGCACUGCGUGUGAGAGGAGAACAUCAUGUUUUUGUUUUUUUAUCUCCUUUAGUAUAUUUUAAAUUAGAGGUGUGGGGUGUUUUUUGCACAGAAAUCAUUGAACAUGAGGAAUCGACUGAGGAUUUAAAGUAUCUUAUAGGGCUAACUCUGUGCCAUUUGAUCAUUUUCAUGCCAAAAAUUAUAAAUCAGUGUUUCCCCAACAUUGUUAUUCUUUAAAGGAAAAAAAAAACUCUGGAGGACAGACUGUUCGGUCUGAUGUUAUUUAGAGACUGAGAGCAGCUGGGGCCGGAGCUCACAAGACAUCUGACACAAGACUGACAAGAGCAUCGAGUUACAGUCAGCCAAAGGUUUCUGCUGCUGCUGACGUUAAAGUCUGAAUAAGUCUGGGGAAAUUCCACAUUUUUCUUAAAAAUCAACGAAUCCCAUGUGCAGAUCAAACUAACACUGCUGUGGGUAUUAAAGCUGAGAGCCACAGACGAGCGGUCAGACACCAUUGAAAGGCGAGAAGUUGUCAGAAUUUGUGAUACUCUGAUAUUUCUGAUGUCUUUAAACGAUACAAUCUCAGUUAUUUUAAUGAUUGAUUUUAUCAAAAUGGACAGAAGCUUAAAAAAUAUACAUAUUUCAUUGGACAGGUGCACAAAGGAGAGGAAUCAAUCCAUUGAAAAUUGCAGGAAACCUCUUGAACUCUGCCUAAUCUAGACAUUGUGCAGGAGGUUAGCUGUGAUUUUUGAUUACUUAAAACAAGAAAUUAACCACUAUUUGGUGAGUAGGACUUCUAUUUUUGUUGCCGUGGUAUCAAAUCCUGGUAUCAUGACAACACUACUCACAUAUUCAACCUAUAAUUCAGUGGACUCCUUCUCUCAGGCAGGAUCCAAAGAAAGUUCGGAGCACACAAAUCACCACAUGCAAAUUUUAUUUGGCGCAAAUUUCUUUGCACCGUAAUACAUUUGCCUCUCUGCUCCAGGACUUUCUUUGGCUCCUGCGCGUGUGAAGGAGUCCACUGAAUUAUAUUUAAAACGUCUAAGGUCGUUCUCUUUAGAGCACCGACCUCCAUUUGUGGAGCAGCUGAAGCGCAGGAGUUUCCUUCUACAUUACUCACACGAUGUUGUUUGGGUCUGCACAUAAGAUUAGUUUUUAACAAUAUAUAAAAUAAUGCCAGACUGCUCCUUUACACUGUCUUGUUUGUAUUCAGCUAAUGGUUUGAAGGUGGAAGAUAACUUGUGAGGAAACCGACUCCACAGCAGAGAUGCCCUGAGUUCAGUCUGUCAGGCAGGAGGCUGCAAACUGCAGGUAGAUAAGGAAGUACAACAUGGAUGUAUUAUUAAGAUCUGGAUAUGACACAAACGAUCAGGUUUGCUUUAACGGGGCACUCUGGCUUCGGGUACGUCUUGCUCUCGAUUAGUGAGGUCUUGACUACAACACUACAUCCAUGUUGUGAAAACAGCCUGAGAGGUCAAACUCAGGGCAGGAAAGUCUCAUAAUCAAAAGGAAACCUCCAGAUUGCAGAUAUAUUUAUGCUCAACCUGUGUGUACUGUAUGUGUGUACCACGGCGUGUCUGAUUGAUAGACAGGCGUCGCCAUGGUUACACAGAGAAUCUCAUCACCUUUUUCUAUUUUAAUAAAUGAUUUUAUAUAGGAUUUUUGUUUUAUCUUUUUUUUUUGCAAAUGUAAACAUGUUAUCUGUGGUAACGCAAAAAACCUUUCAACAGAAUUUAAUUAUUAAAUAUUGCUGUGUCAUGUGAAA